AUGUCAAAACCUUCAUACACAUGCAACUCGUGCUCUUUGGCAUUUCAUGAAGCUGAAGAGCAAAGGCGUCAUAUGAAAACAGACUGGCACAGAUAUAAUCUUAAAAGAAGAGUUUCUCAUUUGCCUCCAAUCAAUGAACAAUUAUUUAAUGACAAAGUGGGGAGUUUUUUGGUUGACGAUGAGGACUCUUCAAUCAAUGUCAAAUCGAAGGCUACUAACAAGCAGCUGACAAAGAAAGAUAAACGCAGACUAGAAAAAGAGGCACUCAUAGAGAAAAAGAAUCAACUUUUGGAGCUCGCUAGACAACGACAGUAUCAGCAUCAUGAUACUACCAAAUCAGAACUUGAACCUUCUUCGCCUUCUCUAGUUGCCAAAUUGACUGCCGCUGAUGUCAAUAUAUCUACAGACCGGGCCCCUGAACCACAAGAGCUCAAUACAAUAGCUGAUGAUAUUGAUCCUGAGGAAUCAAUUAUCAAACAAAAGUUAGAGAAUGCGGUUAACAUACCUCUUGAGGUCUGCAUGUUUUGUAACAAAGAGUCUCAUACUUUGGAUGAAAACGUUGAACACAUGUACAAAUAUCAUGGUCUCUAUAUUCCGGAAGCUCCAUAUCUCAUUGAUAAACCAGGUUUAAUUGGCUAUUUAUCCGAAAAAGUGGGUUUGGGAAAUGUUUGUUUAGCUUGCCAAUUCCAGGGCAGAAAUAUUGAGAGCGUCAGACAACACAUGAUUGCAAAAGGGCACUGUAAAAUUCCCUAUGAUACAAUCGACGAAAAGCUUGAAAUCUCGGAAUUUUACAAUUUUGAGUCGUCUUAUGGUGGUGAACAGGCCGAAGGAGCAGCUGACGACUGGGAGGAUAUUUCUGAUGAUGGUAACGUCGACAGCAACGAGGAAGAGUCUGAACUUGAUGAUAGCGAGGAUUUAUAUACAAACGGGUAUCAGCUCCAGCUGCCCAACGGUCAGGUUGCAGGCCACAGAUCUCUAAUGAGAUACUAUAGGCAGAAUCUGAGACCUGAAAGGGAACUCACUGAAGGUCAAGGAACACUCGUGGCUGCAGAGACUAGACACUUUGUUCAACAAAUUGACCGCAAAGAGUUGCAAGGUAAAAAGAGAAUUUGGGCAAGACAGGAAAAAUCGAAAGAUCUUAACGAUAGACGGGCUGCCAAAUUUAUCAAUCAUCAAGCACAUUACAGAGACCAACUUUUGCAAUAA